AUGGUGUCGAAUCAAGAAGCCAUGUCCUCUGAAAUGACGCUGGACUUCUAUCGAAAGGCUUUAAAUUUUAAUGUAAUAGGCCGUUAUGACCCCAAGAUAAAGCAGCUAUUGUUUCAUACACCACACGCCUCAGUUUACAAAUGGGAUUUCGAGAAAGAUGAGUGGAUAAGGCUUGAUUUCCAAGGCGUUUUGGCCGUUUACCUACGAGAUAUAUCGGAUGGGGCAGAUUUACCGUGCAUUGAAGAGCCGGCUGUAGAAAAGGACUUCUCGACCAUAGGGACAAAAACGGUUACCGAAAAUGCUAACGAGGUACUUCAAGGUCGGGACAUUUACAACUAUGGUCUCAUAAUUCUCAAUAGAAUGAAUCCAGAGAAUUUUUCUCUGGGGAUUGCGGCUAACAGUGUGAUCAACAAAAGAAAAUUCUUCUCCGGGGCUGAAGAAGCAAAACAGCCUCUGGAGUGCAUGAAGGUGGAAGUCAAAGACGAUUUGGUGAUCAUCAAAAACCUGCGCCAUGAAGUUUUUGGUAUAUGGAUACAUACAGUUCCCGAUAGAAAUAACGUUUACGAGCUUAUCAAGUAUUUGUUAGACAAUGAGCCGAAAACAACCUUCACCUAG